UGCUGUUGUUGCUCCCUGAGGAGAGAGAGGGGGGGAAACCUCACAGAAACACCGCUAAACUCAACCAGUAAACCUUGUUAACAUUCCCCCAAAGCGUCGGGCCGUCGACAUGGCUCUACAAGGCCCGGAGGAGCUGGGGGAGCAGGUGGAGGAGCCGGAGGAGCUGGAGGACGCUAGUAGCAUCUCUCCGGCCGAGGAGAUAACGUUGCCCGCCGGGCCCGGAGGAGACGAGGAUCCGCCGGAGGAGGAGGCUCUGCUGCUGCCCUGGGACCGCUUCUCCGCCUGGCUGCACUGCAUCUGUGUGGUGGGCUUCGACCUGGAGCUGGGGCAGGCGGUGGAGGUUAUUUAUCCGCAUCAUUCCAAACUAUCGGAGAAAGAGAAAACAAGCAUCUGCUACCUUUCCUUUCCUGACUCCAACUCAG